GAACAUUUUACUUUAUCCAUCUCUUUAUGUCCUCAGCUGAAAUGAACAGAAGUAAUACUAGAGUAACUACAGAUGAAAGAAAGGAAAUGCAAGGAGAAAACCUCACUAUUGGGGGCUUUUUUUUCCUGGAGGGCUUUUCUAGAUACCCAAAGUUAGAGAUUGUUCUCUUUGUCUUCAGCCUUGGAAUGUAUCUGAUAACACUUUUGGGAAACAGCACUCUUAUUUUAAUCACUAUCCUAGAUCCACACCUGCAGACCCCCAUGUACCUGUUCCUUGGAAAUCUGUCUUUCAUGGAUAUUUGUUACACAUCUGCUUCUAUUCCCACUUUGCUUGUGAACUUGCUGUCAUCCCAGAAAACCAUUGUCUUUUCUGGGUGUGCUGUACAGAUGUACCUGUCCCUUUCCAUGGGUUCCACGGAGUGUGUGCUCCUGGCUGUGAUGGCGUACGACCGUUAUGUGGCCAUUUGCAACCCGCUGAGAUACCCUAUCAUCAUGAACAGGCAGGUCUGUGUGCAGCUGGCCACUGUCUCCUGGAUGACGGGCUGCCUGACCGCCCUGCUGGAAACCAGCUGUGCUCUGCAGAUACCCCUCUGUGGGAAUCUCAUCAAUCACUUCACGUGUGAAAUUCUGGCAGUGCUGAAGCUAGCUUGCACAAGUUCACUGCUCAUGGACAUGACCAUGCUGGUGGUCAGUGUGCUGCUCCUGCCCAUCCCAAUGCUCUUAAUUUGCAUCUCUUAUGUCUUCAUCCUUUCCACCAUUCUGAGGAUCAGCUCAGCGGAGGGAAGAAGCAAAGCCUUUUCUACUUGUGGUGCCCACUUGACUGUGGUGAUCUUGUAUUAUGGGGCUGCGCUCUCCAUGUACCUAAAGCCUUCUUCAUCAAGCUCACAAGAAGUAGAUAAAAUCAUCUCGUUGCUUUAUGGAGUGCUUACCCCUAUGCUGAACCCCAUAAUUUACAGUUUAAGAAACAAGGAAGUCAAAGAUGCUGUGAAAAAACUGCUGGGUCAAAUAUCAUUGCAUCAAACACAUGAAAAUCUCUGA